GUCGUUUGAGAGUAGAGUAAUUGAGAAGUCGUUUAACGAAAGUGGAAUAAAGUGGGGAAGUAUGUGUUGAAUUAAGGAGUGGAGUUAAAUAUUUUAAAAAUCUCCAAAGAAAGGAUUAAAGUGUCGUGGAAUUUAAAUCUAUCGGAAUUCUCUUUUUUUAUCAAUAUUUUAAGAAACUCAACACAAACAGUUAAUGUACGAUUAUUAAAGCGGUUAAAAACGUGCGGUACUUAAUUUAAAAAAAAAGCGAAUGUAAAUGUAAUAAAGAAUACGAAUAAAUUGUGAAGUGCAAACCUUGUGUGCAACCAACGGUAUUACACAAACAUCAAUAUAUAUGUACUACAUUUGCUUCAAAUGCCAAGAUUACAGUUGUGAUUAAAUAUUUUUGCAUUAAGUACGUCUUUUAGUUAUUCAAAAAUAAAGAAAUGCCCGCUGUCUGACCAAACUCUACAUAUAAUAAUAGCAAGCAAUUUUCACUUUCAGAUACGCUGAAUUACUAACAAAAAUUUCAUAUUUUUUAUAUAAAAAGGUUAAUCUGUUUAUAACUAUUUAAUCGAUAUUGUCUAAAAGUGCCGAAAUAACAUUUCAUAAAAGUAUAAUUAAAAUGGCCGAAGAAGUCGAUCGUAACGAUCCCGAACUGAAAUAUCUUUCCGUCGAACGGAACCAAUUUAAUGAUCCAGCAACUCAAGCUGAGUGGACACAGAAACGACUUGUUUGGGUCCCACAUGAAAACCAGGGAUUCGUUGCUGCUAGCAUUAAACGCGAACAUGGUGACGAGGUUGAAGUGGAGCUCGCCGAAACUGGAAAACGUAUUAUGGUUUUGCGUGAUGAUAUACAAAAGAUGAAUCCGCCGAAGUUUGACAAAGUCGAAGAUAUGGCGGAACUGACAUGUUUGAACGAAGCUUCUGUUUUACACAACAUCAAAGACAGAUAUUAUUCUGGUUUAAUUUAUACUUACUCGGGCCUAUUCUGUGUUGUUGUGAACCCUUACAAAAAAUUGCCAAUCUAUACCGAGAAGAUAAUGGAACGGUAUAAGGGUAUAAAAAGGCAUGAAGUGCCUCCCCAUGUUUUUGCAAUAACCGACACCGCCUAUAGAUCUAUGCUACAAGAUCGUGAGGACCAAUCGAUUUUAUGUACUGGUGAAUCUGGUGCUGGUAAAACCGAAAAUACAAAAAAAGUGAUACAGUAUUUGGCGUAUGUAGCGGCUUCAAAACCAAAAGGCUCGGGAGCGGGACCUCAUCCGGCUUUAAUUAUUAAUUUGCAAGUUAAUGCGAAGAAAAGUUAUAAAAUCAAAUGUCAUGUUCAUGGUGUAUCAGAUUCUGUUUGUAUUAAGAAGGAAACUCGAAAAGAAGUUCCCAAAUUGAAAGAAAAUAUUGGAUGCCGAUGUAUGAUGUCGAAGGGUGAACUGGAACAACAACUUUUGCAAGCUAAUCCUAUAUUGGAAGCUUUUGGAAAUGCGAAGACUGUAAAAAACGAUAAUUCAUCUCGUUUUGGUAAAUUUAUACGCAUAAACUUCGAUGCGUCGGGUUAUAUUUCGGGUGCGAAUAUUGAAACUUACCUGUUGGAAAAAUCUCGUGCAAUUCGCCAAGCGAAGGAUGAACGAACUUUCCACAUAUUUUAUCAAUUACUUGCCGGUGCAUCGCCGGAACAACGAGAAAAGUUCAUACUCGACGAUAUCAAAUCAUACCCGUUUCUUUCAAAUGGAAGCCUACCUGUGCCUGGCGUAGAUGAUUUUGCUGAAUUUCAGGCAACAGUUAAGUCUAUGAACAUCAUGGGAAUGACCAGCGAAGACUUCAAUUCUAUAUUCCGCAUAGUUAGUGCUGUACUGUUAUUUGGCUGUAUGAAAUUCCGACAAGAGCGUAAUAAUGAUCAAGCAACGCUUCCAGACAACACUGUGGCUCAAAAGAUUGCUCAUUUACUUGGUUUAAGUGUAACCGAUAUGACAAGAGCCUUCCUAACACCCCGUAUUAAGGUGGGCCGUGAUUUCGUUACAAAAGCGCAAACAAAAGAGCAAGUAGAAUUCGCUGUGGAAGCUAUUGCCAAAGCCUGCUACGAACGUAUGUUCAAAUGGUUGGUAAACCGUAUUAACCGAUCGUUGGAUCGUACCAAACGCCAGGGUGCAUCUUUUAUAGGUAUACUUGAUAUGGCUGGUUUUGAGAUAUUCGAAUUGAAUUCAUUCGAACAGCUUUGCAUUAAUUAUACCAAUGAAAAAUUGCAACAACUCUUUAAUCACACGAUGUUCAUUUUGGAACAGGAGGAAUAUCAACGGGAGGGUAUUGAAUGGAAAUUUAUUGACUUUGGAUUAGAUCUACAACCAACGAUUGAUUUAAUUGAUAAACCUGGCGGUAUAAUGGCAUUAUUGGACGAAGAAUGUUGGUUCCCAAAGGCUACAGACAAAACGUUUGUUGACAAACUUGUAUCAGCACAUUCCAUGCAUCCGAAAUUUUUGAAAACAGAUUUUCGAGGCAUAGCUGACUUUGCUAUUGUUCACUAUGCUGGCAAGGUUGAUUACUCGGCUGCCAAAUGGUUAAUGAAGAAUAUGGAUCCGUUGAAUGAAAAUAUUGUUUCGCUGUUGCAAGCAUCGCAGGAUCCUUUUGUUGUGAAUAUUUGGAAGGACGCUGAAAUUGUGGGUAUGGCUCAACAAGCUUUAACCGACACUCAAUUUGGUGCCCGCACCCGUAAGGGAAUGUUCCGAACUGUAUCACAUUUGUACAAAGAACAACUUGCCAAACUAAUGGAUACCUUACGAAAUACAAAUCCAAACUUUGUCCGUUGCAUUAUUCCAAAUCAUGAAAAGCGUGCUGGCAAAAUAGAUGCGCCUUUGGUUUUAGAUCAGUUACGCUGCAAUGGUGUAUUGGAAGGUAUUCGUAUUUGUCGUCAGGGCUUCCCCAAUCGCAUUCCCUUCCAAGAGUUCCGGCAACGCUAUGAACUACUUACACCCAACGUUAUACCCAAAGGCUUCAUGGACGGGAAGAAAGCAUGCGAGAAAAUGAUUCAAGCUUUAGAAUUGGACACGAACCUGUUUAGAGUUGGUCAGUCGAAAAUUUUUUUCCGAGCAGGCGUUUUGGCUCAUCUAGAAGAAGAACGUGAUUACAAGAUCACCGAUUUAAUUGUGAAUUUUCAAGCGUUCUGUCGUGGCUAUCUAGCACGCCGCAAUUACCAAAAACGUCUACAACAGUUAAACGCAAUCCGUAUAAUACAACGAAAUUGUGCGGCAUAUCUGAAGUUACGCAACUGGCAGUGGUGGCGCCUAUACACAAAAGUAAAGCCCUUGUUAGAAGUAACUAAACAAGAAGAAAAACUAGUACAAAAAGAAGAUGAACUUAAACAGGUGCGUGAAAAACUAGAUGUUUUGGCGAAAAGCACACAGGAGUAUGAACGUAAAUAUCAACAAGCUCUGGAGGAGAAGACCACAUUAGCUGAACAAUUACAAGCUGAAAUUGAACUUUGUGCUGAAGCUGAAGAGUCACGUUCCCGUUUGAUGGCUCGCAAGCAAGAGUUAGAGGAUAUGAUGCAAGAAUUGGAAGCGCGUAUUGAAGAGGAAGAAGAAAGGUCACUUGCACUCGGAGCAGAGAAGAAGAAGUUAGAGCUGAAUAUUCAAGAUCUCGAAGAACAAUUGGAAGAAGAAGAGGCGGCUCGACAGAAAUUACAACUAGAAAAGGUACAGUUAGACGCUAAAAUCAAAAAGUACGAAGAAGAUUUGGCUGUUACUGAUGAUCAAAAUCAGAAGUUGUUAAAAGAGAAGAAAAUACUAGAGGAACGUGCCAAUGACCUUUCUCAAACAUUAGCGGAGGAAGAGGAGAAAGCAAAGCACUUAAGUAAAUUAAAAGCUAAGCAUGAAGCUACAAUAGCUGAAUUAGAAGAACGAUUACAUAAAGACCAGCAACAACGGCAAGAAUCCGAUCGUUCCAAGCGUAAAAUUGAAACCGAAGUGGCCGACUUGAAGGAGCAAUUAAAUGAGCGUCGUAUUCAAGUGGAGGAUAUGCAAACACAAUUGGUGAAACGUGAAGAGGAGUUGACGCAAACCCUAAUGCGUAUCGACGAGGAAUCUGCGGCAAAAGCCACUGCGCAAAAGGCGCAGCGCGAAUUAGAAUCACAAUUGGCGGAAAUUCAGGAAGACUUGGAAGCCGAAAAGGCUGCUAGAGCGAAGGCAGAAAAAAUACGCCGAGAUUUAGGCGAGGAGCUGGAGGCACUGAAAAACGAACUCCUAGACUCUUUGGAUACAACAGCUGCGCAACAAGAGUUACGUUCAAAACGGGAACAAGAACUGGCCACCCUGAAGAAAUCACUAGAAGAUGAGGCAGUCAAUCAUGAAUCCUUUUUAUCUGAAAUGCGGCACAAACAUUCACAAGAACUGAAUGCUAUUAAUGAUCAAUUAGAAAACUUGCGCAAAGCAAAAGCAGUGCUGGAAAAAUCGAAGGGCACUUUGGAGGCGGAAAAUGCAGAUUUAGCUACCGAAUUGCGUAGCGUUAAUAGUUCACGUCAAGAAAAUGAUCGCCGAAGAAAACAAGCGGAAUCGCAAAUUGCUGAACUUCAGGUAAAACUAGCUGAAAUCGAACGUGCCCGAUCGGAACUCCAAGAGAAAUGCACAAAAUUGCAACAGGAGGCAGAAAAUAUAACGAAUCAGUUGGAAGAAGCUGAAUUGAAAGCAUCGACUGCUAUAAAAUCUGCUAGUAAUAUGGAAUCUCUACUCACAGAGGCGCAACAAUUACUUGAGGAAGAGACGCGGCAAAAGUUAUCGUUGAGCUCAAAACUGAGGCAAUUAGAAUCAGAAAAAGAAGCAUUGCAGGAACAACUAGAAGAGGAUGAAGAGUCGAAGCGUAACUAUGAAAGAAAAUUGGUCGAGUUAACCGCACAAAUGCAGGAUAUUAAGAAAAAGGCAGAAGAGGAUGCCGAUCUGGCUAAAGAAUUAGAGGAGGCCAAAAAACGUUUGAAUAAAGAGCUUGAAGCCCAGGAAAGACAAGUUAAAGAAUUGAUAGCUCAAAAUGAUCGUUUAGACAAAAGUAAAAAGAAGAUACAGUCGGAACUGGAGGACACAACCAUUGAAUUGGAGGCACAACGUACAAAGGUGCUUGACCUGGAGAAGAAACAAAAGAAUUUCGAUAAAAUACUUGCGGAGGAAAAAGCCAUUUCGGAGCAAAUAGCUCAAGAGCGUGACACUGCAGAGCGUGAAGCCCGCGAAAAAGAAACAAAGGUGCUUUCACUAACUCGUGAAUUAGAUGCAGCUUACGAUAAAAUCGAAGAUUUAGAAAACAAAAGAAAAGUGCUUCAGAACGAACUAGAUGAUUUGGCAAAUUCGCAAGGUACUGCGGAUAAAAACGUACAUGAGCUAGAAAAAGCCAAACGUGCAUUGGAGUCCCAGUUGGCUGAAUUGAAGGCCCAAAAUGAAGAACUUGAAGACGAUUUACAAUUGACCGAAGAUGCCAAGUUGCGCCUGGAAGUGAAUAUGCAAGCAUUGCGUUCACAAUUCGAGCGAGAUUUACAAGCGAAGGAAGAGCAAGCGGAAGAGAAGCGCCGUGGUCUUAUUAAACAAAUACGUGACUUGGAGGCCGAGUUAGAUGAGGAACGAAAACAGCGCACUGCUGCUGUUGCAGCAAAGAAGAAGCUAGAAGGGGAUUUAAAGGAGAUGGAAACAACAAUGGAAAUGCAUAACAAGGUCAAAGAAGACGCGUUGAAACAUGCUAAAAAACUUCAAGCCCAAGUUAAGGAUGCUUUGCGCGAUGCUGAGGAAGCCAAGGCAGCGAAAGAAGAGUUACAAGCUGCAAGUAAAGAAGCUGAACGUAAAGUUAAAGCUUUGGAGGCGGAGCUACUCCAAUUAACAGAAGAUUUAGCAAGCUCCGAAAGAGCUCGUCGUUCUGCCGAAACCGAACGUGAUGAACUCGCCGAAGAAAUUGCAAAUAACGCCAGCAAAGGUUCACUUAUGAUUGAUGAAAAACGUCGAUUAGAGGCUCGAAUCGCUACGUUGGAAGAAGAAUUGGAAGAAGAACAAUCUAAUUCAGAAUUGCUAUUAGAUCGUAGUCGUAAGGCGCAGUUAUCCAUUGAGCAACUUUCGACUGAGUUGGCAAAUGAAAAAUCGAAUUCUCAAAAGAAUGAAAAUACUCGUGCAUUACUUGAGCGCCAAAACAAAGAACUCAAAGCCAAAUUAACCGAGAUUGAGACGGCACAGCGCACUAAAGUAAAGGCUACAAUCGCAACGCUGGAAGCGAAAAUAGCCAAUCUUGAAGAGCAGUUAGAAAAUGAAGGAAAAGAACGCCUGUUGCAACAGAAAGCCAAUCGCAAAAUGGAUAAAAAGGUUAAAGAGCUAACAAUGAAUAUUGAAGAUGAACGUCGCCAUGCUGAUCAAUACAAGGAGCAAAUCGAUAAACUUAAUAGUCGCAUGAAGCUACUUAAGCGAAAUCUUGACGAAACCGAAGAGGAAUUGCAGAAGGAAAAAACACAAAAGCGCAAAUAUCAACGUGAAUGUGAGGAUAUGAUUGAAAGUCAGGAAGCAAUGAACAGGGAGAUCAACUCCCUAAAAACAAAAUUAAGGCGAGCUGGUGGAGGUAUUGGUUUAAGUUCGAGCCGCUUGACUGGCACACCAUCAUCGUCGAAACGGGGCGAUGAUAGUUCCUCGGUGCAAGAUGAAUCAUUAGAUGGAGAAGACUCGGGAAAUUAAUGUAUUAAUUGGAAGUUAAUUUUUUAAUUGUAUUAAUAUACGAAAGAAAUUUGUAUUUUUGUUAAAAUCAAACACUCCAUUAUCUGCCGACUAUUGUUAGCAGCAACUAAAAUGUAAAACGUAUUGGAAAAGAGCAUUCACUCUCACACCCAACACAUCAAUUCGGAAAUAUGAAUAAACACAUCGAAAUAUGAAUUGAUUAACGAUUAGAAACAUUUGUACACUUUUUAUACGCAACGUCAUUUUAUACAUUUCCUUUUAAGCAUUGACGUACAAUUUACGAGCAUGCAUACCCUAACUUAACAUAAUUACGUAAACAUUUUAUACAACUACGAAAUUGAUGAUGAAAACUGAGCCUACAAACGAGUAUUCGAGUAAUUACGGAAAAUUGCAUUUAUAAGAUUAAGAUAAAAAUAAAGUAAUAAAAAAAUGGUAACAUGGGAAUUAUAACAUUUAUUUCAUACAUUAUGUACUCAGUAUUCACAGUGUACAGUCGUUCAGCGCAUUGCGAUUUUCCAAAUCCUUAAAUUGGUCAAAUCUAACAUAUACUACUUUUGCAUAUGUCUGAGCAUGAGGUGAGGAUAGUAAAUAUUGAUAAUACCUUCCUUUCUUUGUCUUCUUGGAAUAGCUUCUUUAAUACCAAAUCUUAUCAGAAUUUAUCAAAAACCUUAAUUGGGUGGCAAGCUAAUAUGAUACUGUUAACGAAUUGCCUACACUGUUCAUAAAAUAAAUUGAUUAGCAGAGAUAUGAUGCAACUUAUUGAAACAUUUCUGAAUGCCACUUUAUAUAAUAAGAGAUGGCAUCACUCCAAAGGGAUUCAAAAUAAAAAUUCAGCUGUAAUUAUACAUUGAUCUAUCCAGCAAAAUAUGUGUACAUAUGCACAUACGAUAUUAACAUGUAGGAAGGCCAGAAUAAAAUCAUAUCAAUCGUAAUAUUUCACAAUUGAGUAUUCUUUAUUCAUUAUAUUUCCCAUUCAUUCCCAUAUAAAUAGUGUUUAUAUGCAUAAAAGAAAACAAAUUUAAAGGAGUGUUGAGUGCCUUUUGAUAUUUCAGUGACGAUGAUCCAUACAUAUACAUACACACUUGCUCUGUAAUGUAGUAUAAUCUACAGCAAAAUCCUUAUUCAUAUAAACUUUAUAUAUCUACUUAUCGCCGUUCUUGCAAUGUAUGCGCAUAUGCAUAUGUCAAAUGUACAUAAGUAUAAAAAACAUGAUGAUUUUGUGUUGUUUAAAAUCUAUUCGUAUUCCGUUAUCACUAAAAAAAAACAUUUUCAUUGACUGAAAUCUUUGAAAAAUAUAUUUUUGAAUCAUAAAAACAAAAUAGCUGAUUUUGACAUUUUGGGCUAUCACACAACCUAAUAUAAUUGAGUUAUGGUUUACAUGAAAUUGAACGAACUCAGUAUCCGAAUAUAACGUCACAUUAUUAAUCUUAACUGGAAUUAAUAUAUUUCUAGCUUGAAAACGUUAUGUAUUCUCUAAGUGUUUUUAAAGACGUACGUACUUAUAUGUACAUACAUAUGUCUUCAAGUUGUCGCCCCAUAUCAUAUAAAAUAUAUUUUGUUGUUAUGCUCUGCAAUGUGCCAUUUAUUUAUCUGUCGUUCAAAUCAAUAUAACUCCACGUCCAACAGUGAUGUAUUCAUAUAUACUGUUAAUUUUUAAAUUUGAAAAAUAUCUUGUGUUGCCUCUUUAUAUUACAGUCUCUCUUAUUGCAUCGUAAUUAGUCGAUA